CGUUCUUUCAUUAACCUUGGUCUUUGGGCUCCUUUCACCACGCACUGGAGGAGGUGUUUAACCAGCUGGGCGGGUAGUGCUGUGGCCUGCAAGGUUUCCGGGCGGAGUCGGCAUUCCUGGGAGGGGCAUGGACGCAGGGCGCUCUGCAGAGAUGGUGGAAGGUCCAGGCUGUACUCUGAAUGGAGAGAAGAUUCGGGCGCGAGUGCGACCAGGCCAAGCGGUGACCGGCGUGCGGGGACGCGCUCUGCAGAGCCUGGUGGGCGCUGCUGUGCUCCCCGGAGCCUCUCCAGCUGAGGUCUCUCCCCAGGCUGCCACAACGAAUACUCAAGAUUCUGGCUGGAAAUUCUUGAGACUGUUUAAUGGACAUGUUUACAGUGGUGUGGAAACCUUGGGGAAGGAGCUGUUUAUGUACUUUGGCCCAAUAGCCUUACGGAUUCAUUUCGGGAUGAAUGGCUCUGUCUUGAUUAACCCACGUGAGUGUGAAAAUAGAGGUGGGGCUUCUCCGGCUUUGCAAGUGCAGCUCACCAGGGACUUGAUCUGUUUCUUUGACUCUUCAGUAGAACUCAGAAAUUCAAUGGAAAGCCAACAAAGAGUGAGAACGAUGGAAGAACUGGAUGUGUGCUCGCCAAAAUUCAGUUUCUCAAGAGCAGAAAGUGAAGUGGAAAAGCAGAGAGAUCGGAUGCUGUGUGAUGUGGUCCUGGAUCAGAGAGUGCUGCCUGGUGUGGGGAACAUCAUCAAAAACGAAGCUCUCUUUGACAGCGGUCUCCAUCCAGCUGUUAAAGUGUGUCAGUUGUCAGAGGAACAGCUCCAUCACCUUGUGAAGAUGGUCCGUGAGUUCAGCAUUCUCUUUUAUAAGUGCCGUAAAGCAGGAUCUGCCAUUUCUAACCACUACAGGGUUUAUAAACGCCCUACCUGUGGUCAGUGCCACUGCAAAAUUACUGUGUGUCGCUUAGGGGAGAACAGCAGGAUGACAUAUUUCUGUCCUCACUGUCAGAAAGAAAACCCUCAGCACAUUCAACUAUGCAAACUGCCAACGAGCAAAGCUGUAACCAGCUGGACUUGCAGGAGAAACGAUUGCCUGGUGGACUCAGUGGCUCGGAAAUGCGAAGAGGAGUGGUCCUGUGCUGUCUGCACCCUGGUAAACAAACCCUCUGCUAAGUCCUGUGAUGCUUGCUUGACCGCAAGGCCUGCUGAUUCGGUGCUCAAGAAUGGAGAGAAUUCCGUUGACUUUAGCAACUUAGUGAAGUACCCUUGUAAUAACUUUGAGAAUACACACAAAGAAGUGAAGAUCAACAGGAAAAGUGUAUUUGGUAGUACAACCCUUGUCCUGACUGAUUUCAGUAAUAAAUCCAGGACUUCGGUCAGAAAGAAAAGCCCAAACCAGAUAAUAGGUGGGGAAUUUCAAAACUAUCCUCCUGCAGACAUAUGUUUUAGUGAUCUACAGCACCCCUCCACAGAAGGAACAAACUCUAUCAUUCAGCCAGCCAACAAGGUAAACAUAUCACCUAUAGUUUGUGCCCACUCUAAAUUAUUUAGUUCAGCACAUAAAAAAUUGAAAACCGCUCACUCUUCAGAAGCAGACCUCACACGUUACAGCCCUGGACUUUCUAACAGUGGACUCCAACCCAAUACAGUGGAUGCUCCUCGCUCUAUAAAUGCUGGCACUCCGCGGUGCAAGAAGCACAACCGCCUUUGUGUUCUCCGUGUGGUACGGAAGGAUGGAGAGAACAAGGGGAGGCAGUUUUAUGCCUGCCCUCUGCCCAGAGAAGCACAGUGCGGGUUUUUUGAAUGGGCAGACUUAUCCUUCCCACUCUGCAGACAUGGCAAACGCUCCAUUAUGAGAACUGUGCUGAAGAUUGGACCUAAUAAUGGGAAGAAGUUUUUUGUAUGUCCUUUGGAGAAAGGAAAGCAGUGUAACUUUUUUCAGUGGGCAGAAAGUGGACCAGGAAUGGAAAUGAUUUCAGGAUGCUAAUAUUUUCUCUUUUUAAAAAAUGUCUGGCAUAUGAACUUCUCAGACUCACAAUGUUGAAUCCCCUUUGUUUAGUAGAGAGCUUAUAGAAUACCUGAGGUACAUAGAAAUUAAGAUACUGGAGUAUUUGAGAAGUAUUCUUUGUUUAGUAGAGAGCUUACAGAAUACCUGAGGCACAUAGAAAUUAAGAUACUGGAGUAUUUGAGAAGUAUUCUUUGUUUAGUAGAGAGCUUACAGAAUACCUGAGGCACAUAGAAAUUAAGAUACUGGAGUAUUUGAGAAGUAUUCUUUGUUUAGUAGAGAGCUUACAGAAUACCUGAGGCACAUAGAAAUUAAGAUACUGGAGUAUUUGAGAAGUAUUCUUUGUUUAGUAGAGAGCUUACAGAAUACCUGAGGCACAUAGAAAUUAAGAUACUGGAGUAUUUGAGAAGUAUUCUUUGUUUAGUAGAGAGCUUACAGAAUACCUGAGGCACAUAGAAAUUAAGAUACUGGAGUAUUUGAGAAGUAUUCUUUGUUUAGUAGAGAGCUUACAGAAUACCUGAGGCACAUAGAAAUUAAGAUACUGGAGUAUUUGAGAAGUAUUCUUUGUUUAGUAGAGAGCUUACAGAAUACCUGAGGCACAUAGAAAUUAAGAUACUGGAGUAUUUGAGAAGUAUUCUUUGUUUAGUAGAGAGCUUACAGAAUACCUGAGGCACAUAGAAAUUAAGAUACUGGAGUAUUUGAGAAGUAUUCUUUGUUUAAAUGCAUUCAUCACCUUCCCACUCAUUUUGUCAAAGUGGACAUGCUAUAUUUCACCAGGUGGACAGUACAUUCCCUUUAAACUGUAUA